AUGCCGUUAUUCAACCCAUCAUCUGGUCCUCUGAAACAGGAGUCAGAGCAUCCUCCUCCACUCCACCCAGGACUGAUCUCCUGGGAGACACAUCUCUGUCCUCAUCUCAGCCCAGUGCCUUCUUCCAAGCCUCCUCCGCCCAUGAGGCCUGGUUCUGUCAGACACGAUGACAAACCCAUCAUACCAGCCCGAGGUGCCUCUGCUGAUCUGUCUCCGCCUGAAGUUGUUCCUCGAGGAGUUCCUGCUGUCCUUGCUUCCAGACCAAUAUUCAGUCAGUCUGAUGGUGGUGAGGAGGGAAGAUCCCUUCCUCCCAAGCCAGCUAAACCAACCAUUAUUAGACCAUCAAAACCACUUCCUAGUCCUCGAGAAGAAAAUAGAAGCAUUUCAUCAAAGCCAGUUUUACCGAAUACACAUGCUGCUGAAGAGAGUAAAAGUGAUAGUCUUGAACAAUCUGUGAUACAAAAGUCAGACAGUAGUAAUAGCUUAACAAAUGAACCAGAACCUCAAUAUGCAAAAAUUGAAAAACCUAAACCAAGACCAAAUAUUAUUGGACGACCUCAACGGGAUCCUAAUUUAAAUGAAAGUGAUACAGGUCAAGGGUUACCAUUUAAAGUUAAAUUAAGAUCAACUGUUGAAACUCCAAAGGAAUCUCCAGCCAAUGAACAUGAUGAGACAAGUCCACCUGUCCCACCAAAGCUGUAUGUGGAAGGUCGUCCACCAUCUCCAACGAAACCCAGACCAACGGUCCUGCCGAGACCUAAACCUUCACCUGACGUCGAGGAAAAGAAGAUAGUCAGUGAUGAUCAUAGAGAUGAUAUGGCACGGGCACCUCCACCAAAACCAACUACUAAGAGACCCACAAUAAUCCGACCACCUCCAAAACCAAAACGUUUGCAUGAAACAGAGGAGAUUGCAGAUGAGGACAGCAAAGAUAAAGAUGCUGAUGUGACGAUGAGAAACAUGCCCCCUGUUCCAGCCAAAAGGCCAAGCUCUGUUGGAGGGUUGUCUAGUGAUAUUGUUCACAAGGAACAGGAUGGAUCCACUUCACCAAGGCCAGUUCCUGCCAAGAGGCCUGUGUCCAUUGCUGCAAGAUUUGAACAGCAGGUAGAUAAUGAAAAACAACCUGUUCCUGUAAAAAAAAACCACUUCCAAGAAAGUCUUCAUCUGGUUCUCCAAGGGAAGAUUCAGAGUCUGGUAGAAGUGGCACUGAAGAGGAAACAUCUCCAAAACAUGUUCCUCUGA